AUGCCGCCUGGCUCCGUCAGUCGGACCGGCGCAUGCCUGCGCUGCCACCGCAGAAAGGUCAAAUGCGACCGCACACGGCCGUCCUGCGCGCCAUGUGCCAGGAUCAGCGUCCAGUGCACAUACGCAGCAAGGGAGCAACAGAUUCAGCUUCGACGACAGGAUGUUGAGAAGCUUCAACAGCAUAUACGAGACCUGCAGGCCGAGAACGACAACCUGACGGAGAGACUGGCCGGUCUCCAACAGCGACCGCAGCAAGCAGUCGCCGGCGACAGACUGGCUACCCCGAACUCGACGUCGAGCCUGGGUAUGCAGUCCGAAGAAGCCCAGGUGCCGGCCGGGAGCGGAGAGAUCGCGAGCCAGGUCAUCCACUUGUCACUUAACGCUGGCGGCGGCCGGGACUUUGUCGGUUCGACGAGCGGCUUGUUCCUCGCCAACUUGCUGCAGUCUCAUAGCCAGUCUAUUGGAUCUUCUAAUCAUGUUGUCCGUCAACAUCCCAGUUCAGCCUCCCGUCAUCUUAAUCGACCAGGAAGCUUGGCAACUAAUGGGGUUUCUAAUCUGCCACCGAAAAGCCUCACCGCAGAGAUACUGGACGCUUAUUGCAGUCACGACCGACUUUGUUACCCGUUUCUGUCUCCUAAAGCCUUAGAUAGGGCCCUAGACGCUGUCUACGACGCAAACCCCGGAGCUGCAGAUCCUGUCGAUGGCUUCCUGAUAGACAUGAUCCUUGCGAUAGGGACAGCGCAAGUACACAAGCUAAAUUGGAAUGGCAUCUGGGACGCCGAAGUUCACUACAAUCGCGCCAUGACACGACUUGGAGACGUCCUCUCCAGAGGGGGCAUCACUGCACUGCAGGCGUUACUCCUCAUUUGUCAGUUUCGGAUGGGCACCACUUCACAUGACACGAGCACCAGCGUAUGGCACCUUAUCGGAGUGGCCGCGAGGACCUGUUUCGAGCUUGGCUUGCACAAGGCGUCGACUUAUACCCCUCCGCCGGCUUGUGACGGCAGCGAGGGAGAUGUUGCCGCUUGGAAAGAGGAUGUAGAGACCAAGCGGAGAUGUUUUUGGAGCGUGGUGUCUAUGGACCGCAUUGCCAGCCUCAUCCUCGGCCGACCACUAGCCAUUCAGCUGGAGGACAUUGAUGUCGAACUCCCUCAUUUCGACACGCCAACUUCAGUGCCACUUCAUCCCUCACUGUCGAAGGCAUCGUUCGGUGCUCCUGAGUGGCACCUCGACACCUCCAUAUUCGUCCACAUCGUACGGUAUAGGCUGAUUUGUGGUAAGAUUCUCAACCUUCUACACCGGAGUACCAGCGCCAACCAAGAGUCCACCAUCACAUACGAGAAUAGCCGGAACGCUGUGGUCGAGGAGCUGCGGUCCUGGCGCGCGGAAACAGCCAACAUACCGUUGAUCCCAGGCGAUGCGCCAACUGCCUCACUCGCGAGUAGAUCGAGUUUCCGUUCCGCCGAGUGGUACAAGCUGCUCUAUCACAACGGCAUUUUGAUGCUGUUUCGUCCAUCUUCGACUCUCUGUGAUGCGACGGGAAAUAGCACCGUGCUACAGCACAUGUUUGAUUCGUCACAGGAGGCGAUCAAUCUCUACGCCACCCUCCACCGCUCGAGGAAGAUCAACUACUCCUGGGUGACAUUGCACUCCAUCUUCAUCGCCGGAUUGUCCUAUAUCUACGCCUUGCGUAAUCAUCUACAGCACGCGCAGAACCGAAGUGUUUCGAACACGGCCAUACCCAAGGCCACUUUGCGGUCCACCCCGACCAUUAGCCAAGUGGUUAACGACACGCGUGCCUGCUCAAAGGUUUUGGUGGCGGUAUCGGAGCGCGAUGCUGUUGUUGCCGACAUUGUCGAGGCCCAAACCGGCCGCGCUUCAACAAUAUCUGGUUCAACAUAUACAGUCCAGCCCACGAGCGAGAUGGAAAGACACAUGCAGGUAUCUCCCAUGGAAUUGAACACGGAGGAUACCAUGUAUGCACCACCCAGCCACAGCUUCGUGAACAUGACGGUUGACGAGACUCUGCGAGACUGCUUCGAGGACCUCCAGAGCAUCUGCUACGAUCAACACCACAGCGAUGCCAUUGCCCAGCUUUCGCAAGAUUGGCUAUAUGGAAUGGGAGAGACUCCGAGCCGUUACUUUUAG